AUGUCUUACUACCAAGGCAGUGGCCACAGACAAGGCGCUGAUCAGUAUAGACCUUCAGAUUCACAGAACCAUAACCAACAUGGUGGCAGAAGCAACUCAUCGCGUGGAAGGUUUCAGCAGUACGAAAGCCGUGGAUCUCAUUACAGACCUGGUCAAGGCAGAGGUAACUACCAAGGAGGACGCCCUGGACGUUUCCAGCAACAAAGACAAGGAGGGAGCCAUCUGGUGUACUCUCAAGCACCACCUGAUACUCAAUUAUGGAUGGGUGAUCUCGAUCCCAAUUGGACAGAGGAGACUAUCAAGAGUCUAUGGAAUCAAGUUGGCGAAACACCUACGGGAGUGAAGAUUAUGAGGGAUAAAAUGGGAAACUCUCUGUACUGCUUCGUGAACUUUGCUAGUCCUCGAGAAGUUGCCAAUGCUAUUCAAAAGAACCAGAUGCUGGUCCCUGGUCAUAACCGUCACUUUAAGCUCAAUUAUGCUUCAGGUGGUAACCGCCCAGACCAGUAUGGCUCUAAUCCACGGGCUGGCCCAGGUCAGAAACAUGGUGUUUAUUCCCAGAAUGAGUGGUCGGUCUUUGUGGGUGACCUUGCCACUGAAGUUACCGAACCAAUGUUGUUCAACCAUUUCAAUAAAGACUACCCAGGCUCUGUGCGCCAAGUCAAGAUCAUGAUGGACUUUACUAACAGGGUAAGUAAGGGGUUCGGGUUUGUCAGGUUUAACAACGAAGAAAGCCAACAGCAUGCAUUACAAAAUAUGAACGGGUCAGUGCUAGCAGGCAGAGCCUUGAGGUUGGGCCAAGCAUCUAAGAGUGAUCCGCCAGAUUCUAAAAAAGCAGGUACUGAAUCAGGUGUACCUUCAACUGUAACAUUAAACCAAUACCAUCCACCAUUGGGUCCAUUUACCGAUCCAAAUAAUACUGUCAUUAAAGUCAAGGGCAUCACUCCAGCCAUAACACGAGAUGAGCUACUUGGCCACUUCCUACCCUUUGGCCAUAUAGUAUAUUGCAAAGUCAACUACAGAGAAAACGUUGCUCACAUCAAAUACUUGUUAAGACGUGAUGCUGAAUCAGCCAUGCUAUAUAUGUAUGGGUUUGUUAUUAACAAAUGCCGUGUUGCGCUUCGAUGGGGCCGGGAAGAAAAGACCGACACCGGCAAAGUUGGUUUUAAGCCAGUUGACAAGUCCGAAAAGUACUCCGCUGCAAAGAAAGCCCCGAUUAUAGUGGGUAAUCUUCCUUCAAACGUGGUUUUCGAGGACUUGAGCAAGGAGCAAAUCGACGCCUUGGAGUUUCAUAGUAACGAGGAAUUCUCAUCAGUUGCUGAAUAUGAUGAAAGGGAGAAGCAGCGGAAAAAGGACCGUGAUGAUUACCUAGACCUGGCGUUUUAA